AUGGCUGACCUCGAUGAGAGCAACCUCCGACGCUACCUUGACGAAGCGGUAAGUGCAGCACAUGAAGCAGGAAACCUAAUGCUGGAAUGCUUUGCGCGCAAUGACGCUCAUACGUCAGUAGAGGAAAAGGCCUCAAAUGCAGAUUUGGUGACCAAGUAUGAUCGCCAAGUGGAAGAAUUAGUUCUUACUCGCUUAAGGGCCUGUGCACCCGAUUUCGGAGUGGUUGCAGAGGAGACGGCGAGCAAAGAGGAGCUAACAGAUGCCCCAACAUGGGUCGUCGAUCCCAUUGAUGGCACCACAAACUUCAUCCAUCGACAGGCUGAAUGCUGCGUUCUCAUCGGCCUGGCUGUGCGGAAGCGUGCAGUGCUGGGUGUUUGCUUCAUCCCGAAGAUGGAUGAGCUUUACACAGCGAUCAAGGGGCAUGGAGCCUUUUGCAACGGACGAAGGAUUGCCUCAAGUGGCUGCAAGGACCUGACCAAAGCCAUGGUCAAUCUUCAUUUUCCUUCUUAUUCUCGAGGGCCAAAAGUCCUAGAGAGAAUUUUGGGUGUUAACCAUGACUUGCUUGCUCAUCCCGUCCGAGCAAUACGCAGUGGUGGUUCUGCGGGUGUGGACAUGAUGCACGUGGCGCGUGGGCGGUUGGACGCAUACUUCGAGGUUGGUAUUUAUCCUUGGGAUGUUUGUGCAGGGCAAAUUAUUGUGGAAGAGGCUGGAGGCAAGUUUUGGGUGAACCAGCCUGGGCAGCUCUCUUUCGAGAUCCAGUUCAACCGCGGAGAUCGAGUCCGAGACCUUAGAACUGUCAUUGAGAAGGUGACUGGCAUUCCUCCGGAAGCCCAAGAGUUGAGGGCAAAUGGCGAGAUGGUCGACAAAGAAGGGCAAUUUCUCGAAGCAAUGGACCUCUCGGACAUCUGGGUCAUGGAUGACCGCGACGACUCUCCUGAACGGGGAGAAUGGAAUCCCGAUCCAGAGGAGGCAGGUAGUCGUUUCCAUCUUCCAAGGAUCGGUACAUACAUCUUCUCUGCAAUUCUCACCAUUUUUUGGGUCACCCAGGUGGCCGGGGUGAAUCCUUACGGCAAUUGGCCAGAAGGACCGCGCCUGGACUGGUCCCAGGUGCCUGAGGACCUUCGACCAGGCAACACACCCAUUCAGAGACCGCAAGCGUUGACAGUGGAGCCUGAGCAGGAAAAGAAGAUGAUUGAGCAACGUAACAAGCUUCCUGCUGCGUAA